UGAGUCCUUGGUCAGAGUCAGUGAUGGAGUCGAUUAUUGACCAGAGGCCGCUGAGGGUCAGUGGGGGUCCUGAUGCAGGGGUUGGCCAGAUGUGGGGGCUGCUAGAGUGGGUGGGCAGCUGUAUUGUUGCUCCAGUGAUGGCAUCCUGUAUGAAAGCAGAGAUGGGACAGCUAUCAUGGACAGCCUGCAACUCAUCACAGGUGACUGAACCCAUGCUCCAGGGUCCAUUUCUUGGAUGUUAAAGAUCCCUGACCUCCAAUCGCAGAGUCAGGGUCUUCUCAUCAGGAGCCCAUGGAACCUCCCCCACUGAUCUGACCCCACCCCCGGGUCAUUGUCCCUCAUCACAGAAUGCCUGACCAGCUCCGGAGGGUGACCUGACUGAUGCACAACUCACCAGGCCCUGAGCCCUUCUACACCCGACAGCCUCCAUCCUUAGUAAUAAGGUACUCUGGUGGUGAGCAUGAAGUUCAGAGGGGCCACAGUGUUCCCUAACAAGACACAGGCACAGGCGCUGGCCCAAGACUGUGUGGCCUCUCCGCAGGAGUCGCCGUGGGGCCAUGGCCUCUGUUGGGUGGACAUGUGGGCCCACCCUCCCAUUCAGAAUUUGGGCCGCAUGGUCCCCAUGUGCCUCCCAGUCCAGUGGGCAGCCCUGUCUCAUCCCGGCCUCUGCCAGGACCUGGCCUCCCUCCUUCAAGCUCCACCCAGUGACCUUAUCAUAGCAAGGCUGACCUGACCUAGGGUCUGGGGGAAACUUUCACAGCCCACUGCCCCAGGCCAGGUGCAAGGUCUUCCUGUCCCCCACCGAUGAGGUCAGGCACGCUGUCUGCCUCAGGUCUCUCCUACCCACCCCCAAACUUUCCGUGGCCGACUCAUUCCUGGGGAGCUGACACCCAAGAGUGCAGCAGGGACCGCAGCCAGACGACGCGUGGGUUGAUUGAGGCCCUGCGGGGCGGGAUCCGCACUGAACUUUACCCCCGCAGGUUGGAGUGGGGCGGGCCUGGGGCCAGGUCGCGGCCCCUCUGACCGCCACGCAUAACUCCUGCGGGGCGGCACCUGCGAGAUGCGGUCAUCCGCUGUCUAGGCUCGGGCUGCGGUGCCGCACCGCUGCGCUUAAGCCCCGCCCGCCAGCAGGGCGGGUGCUCUCGGACCCACAAUACCGCCGCGGAGCCACGAGGCAGCGGGCAGCCGCGGGAGGAGGUGCCACCCCCAGGCACGUGUCCGCCAGCGAGCCCGCCGUCUUUCGCGCGCGGCCGGGCGUCCCUUGUCUCCGCGCCAGUAUGCGCAUGCGUGGCGCCGUUGGCGCUUGCGCCGUGUCAUCCGGAGCGGCCGCGGCGGCCCACGACCCUGCGCGCAUUAAGCUGUUUUUGGUGCUGCUUCCUCGACUCCCGGCACGGACGCCAGGGCCCGGGGAGCCUGAGCACCACGCCUAGGCCUUGCUCUGUGCUGGCCUGUGCCGGGGUCCGGCUUUCUGACACUACCGCUGGGCAGACAGCGGCGUGUUUCCGAGGGCGCCUGGACGGGAGGGGUCCGGGAGGCACCCACAGGCUGCCUCCGCUGCCAAGCACAUCUGGUGCGCUGCUCAGAGCCACUUGGUAAAGGAGGAAGCUAAGCGAGAGGGGCUAGGCGACGCGCCCAAGGUCUUCCUGCCCAGAGCCCAAGCACCGCCUGGACGUUGAGCAGCUCUCGGGAGGGUCCUUUCCGCAGCAGCGUAACAGGAGCAACAGGUCCAUGCUGCUGGCUCAGGCACCCAAAGCUUGGCCCAGGCUUCCUCAGCUCAAGGCCCCAGCCCUCCCUAGGACCGUGGGAGGCAAGGCCCUACAUCUGAGGUACCAGCCCAUGUCAGGGUGGGGCCCAGAGACAGGCAGGCGGGGCCAAUCCCAGGGCCCUGAGCUGCGAACUAGGGUGCUGGUCACAGCCUUGUUUGGGGUUGGGCUCGGUGGUGCCUGGCUGGCAGCAAGGGCUGAGAAGGAACAGCGGCAGCAGCGAGAGCGGACAGAGGCCCUGCGCCAGGCAGCCGUGGGCCAGGGGGACUUCCGCCUGCUGGACCACCAGGGCCAGGCUCGCUGCAAAGCGGACUUCCGAGGCCAGUGGGUGCUGAUGUACUUCGGCUUCACACACUGCCCGGACAUCUGCCCCGAUGAGCUGGAGAAGCUGGCGCAGGUGGUGCGACAGCUGGAGGCCGAGCCUGGCCUGCCCCUGGUGCAGCCCAUCUUCAUCACUGUGGACCCCGAGCGGGAUGAUGUUACAGCAAUGGCCCGGUACGUGCAGGACUUCCACCCGCGGCUGCUGGGCCUGACGGGCUCUGUGGAGCAGGUGGCCCAGGCCACCCACAGCUACCGCGUGUACUACAGCGCCGGCCCUAAGGACGAGGACCAGGAUUACAUCGUGGACCACUCCAUCGCCAUCUACCUGCUCAGCCCUGAUGGUCUCUUCACAGACUACUAUGGCCGGGGCAAGUCAGCUGAGCAGAUUGUAGACAGCGUGAAGCGUCACAUGGCUGCCUUCCGCAGCAUCCUGCACUGAGCGAGUCAUUAAAAGGUGCAAUGAA